UGACCGUGUCCUGAGCUGGUGAGAGACGCCUUCUGUGACUUUCAGUCAGAUCAGCCACCAGAUCCCAGCAAAAAUGACCCUCGCAGCCUACAAGGAGAAGAUGAAGGAGCUCCCAUUGGUGUCCCUGUUCUGCUCCUGCUUCCUGGCUGACCCUCUGAAUAAGUCAUCUUACAAAUAUGAAGCAGACACAGUGGACCUGAACUGGUGCGUCAUCUCGGACAUGGAAGUCAUUGAACUGAACAAAUGCACCUCGGGCCAGUCCUUCGAGGUCAUCCUGAAGCCACCUUCCUUUGAUGGGGUGCCCGAGUUCAAUGCCUCCCUUCCCCGGCGGCGAGACCCAUCACUGGAAGAGAUCCAGAAGAAACUAGAAGCGGCCGAGGAACGAAGGAAGUACCAGGAAGCUGAACUCCUGAAGCACCUAGCAGAGAAACGAGAGCAUGAGCGAGAGGUGAUCCAAAAAGCCAUUGAGGAAAACAACAACUUCAUCAAGAUGGCGAAGGAAAAACUGGCCCAGAAGAUGGAAUCCAAUAAGGAGAACCGGGAGGCCCACCUUGCCGCCAUGUUGGAACGGCUGCAAGAGAAGGACAAGCACGCGGAGGAGGUGCGGAAAAACAAGGAGCUGAAGGAAGAGGCCUCCAGGUAAAGCCCAGAGGCCAACGAAGUUUCCAGGACAGCCGGACAG